CGCCUGCUGCGCCUGCGUCUGGUGCUUCGGGUCCCGCCCGACCGCUGAGCGCAUGCGCCUGAGAGGCUGGCUGGGAGAUAUGGAGAACUGUUUGGCGGCUGCGGCGCUGAACGGGGUAGACCGACGUUCCCUGCAGCGCUCGGCUAGGCUGGGUCAAGAAGUGCUGGAGCGGGCCAAGAGGAGGGCGGUGGACUGGCAUUCGCUGGAGCUUCCCAAAGGCAGCGAGGGGUUCAUUUCCCGGGAGCAGCCCUACCAAGAAAAACGGCCCGCAGCCGGUCCCCAGCGCUUUCGGCCAGCAGAGAGAGAAGAAAGACCCCCAACCCUCAGUGCUUCCUUCAGAACAAUGGCUGAAUUCAUGGGUUACACUUCAAGUCAGUGUGGGAAAUAUUAUUCAUCUGUGCUAGAGGAAGGAGGGGCAACCCACGUCUAUCGUUACCACAGAGGGAAGUCGGAGCUCCGCUUGUGCCCGGACAUAAGGAACGGUCAGAGAACAGAAACACCCCUUGGUCUUGGAGGCAUCUAUCAAGCCGCAGAGUGUGCUCUAGAGGCAUCCCGUCCUGCUGAGAACAUCUCUAAGGACCUUUACAUAGAAGUAUAUCCAGGGACCUAUUCCGUCACUGUGGGUGCAAAUGACUUAACCAAGAAGACUCAAGUGGUGGCAGUUGACUCAGGGCAAAGUGUGGACUUGGUUUUUCCUGUAUGAUGUUGACCGUCACAUUACCUUUUUUUAAGUAGCAAGGAGAAUAAAGCCACCAUAUGAUUCUCUUAAUAUUUGCACAUUAAUCCUGCUUUUAGGGCUGACUGUAGAGGGUCCGCCUUCCUGGUAACCGGAGUUUGUCUCUUUCAGUGCCUAUUUUCACUUGAAAGUAUGAAAGUCCUCUCACCCUCUUUUGCCUGAAAUAAUGAUGCUGUCUGAAUAGUUUUUAAUGCUGGUUUUCCAAGUAAAGGUUAAUUAUGAUAAUAAAAGGAACAAUUUGGAAAUAAAGAGAAUUUCUUUUUAUUGGUAUUAAAAGCAAUAAAAUGUCAUUCAUGUACAACUGUAGGCUUUAUGAAAAGAUGGCAGAGAGGCUGUGGUCACAUUAGCCCAAAGCAGGCUGACCACAACCUGUAGCUUCUGUGGAAAAGGCAUCCUCAAGCUGAUCUCACCAGACCCCUGGCAGGAGCCCUGGCCAGGGCCACUGCACGCCUGUGACCCGUCCGGCAGGUGCCUUCCUGCUGCCUAUCUGCAGGGAAGUCUUAACGGGGUGAAGAUGCUGCUGCUUAUUUGACUAUCAUCUGUGGCCCACACUCCACCUCCUUCCACUGAAGAAGGCUCUGGCAGCCACUUUGUCACUCCUCCUCAGGUAUUUACCACCACUACUCUUCAGCUUCCUGUAAGAGAAGGAAAACUCCUGAGAGUUACACUGACUGCAGUUGUAAGGAUUAAAAGUCACUGAUUUUAAGUCA